UAAAGGUUCCGUUGGCGGCGCACUGCGGGUUGGUUUGUUUUCAACGGCGGUGACGGAGGUCGGAAGCCCGGCCGACUGCAGGCGGGGGCGUCAGGGGGUGGAUUCCUCCUCCCCGAAGCACUGGGGGGCGGGGAGGAGGGAAGCGGGGCCAGCGGGCCGGGGACCGAGCCGCCAGGACAGAACGGGCCGGGGCGAUGGAGGGCGACGGGGUGCCGUGGGCGAGCGAGCCCGUCUCGGGUCCCGGCCCGGGCGGCGGCGGAAUGAUCCGCGAGCUGUGCCGGGGCUUCGGCCGCUACCGCCGCUACCUGGGCCGGCUGCGGCAGAACCUGCGCGAAACCCAGAAGUUCUUCCGCGACAUCAAGUGCUCCCACAACCACAGUUGUCCCUCCUCCCCCACGGGCGACGACGGCGGGGCCGAGCGCGGCCCUGCCGGCGACGUCGCCGAGACCGGGCUGCAGGCGGGCCAGCUGAGCUGCAUUGCCUUUCCAGCUAAGGAAGAGAAGUACCUCCAGCAGAUUGUGGACUGCCUGCCCUGCAUCUUGAUCCUCGGCCAGGACUGUAAUGUCAAGUGUCAGCUGUUGAACCUGCUGCUGGGGGUGCGGGUGCUUCCCGCCAGGCUGGGCAGCGAGGAGAACUGUAAGCUUCGGCGCCUCCGCUUCACCUAUGGGACUCAGACUCGGGUCAGCCUGGCACUCCCGGGCCAGUACGAACUAGUGCACACGCUGGUUGCUCACCAGGGCAACUGGGAGACCAUCCCCGAGGAGGACCUGGAGGUCCAAGAGGACGGUGAGGACGCUGCCCAUGUUUUAGCCGAACUGGAGGUGACGAUGCACCAUGCCCUCUUACAGGAAGUGGACGUUGUGGUAGCACCGUGCCAAGGCCUCCGGCCUGCAGUGGAUGUUCUGGGUGACUUGGUGAACGAUUUCUUGCCUGUGAUAACCUAUGCACUCCACAAAGAUGAACUCUCUGAGAGGGACGAGCGAGAGCUUCAGGAAAUCCGAAAGUAUUUCUCCUUUCCCGUAUUCUUUUUCAAAGUGCCGAAGCUGGGCUCGGAGAUCAUUGCCUCCUCUACCAGAAGACUGGAGAACGAAAGGUCACCGCUCCAUCACCAGCUGAUUGGCCUGGGCUAUCUGAGCAGCAGUCACUGUAACUGUGGGGCUCCUGGCCAAGACGCUAAAGCUCAGAGCAUGUUGGUGGAACAAAGUGAGAAACUGAGACACUUGAGCACGUUUUCUCACCAGGUGCUACAGACUCGCCUGGUGGACGCGGCCAAGGCCCUGAAUCUGGUGCACUGCCGCUCCCUUGACAUCUUUAUUAACCAGGCCUUUGACAUGCAGCGGGACCUGCAGAUUACUCCCAAACGUCUGGAGUAUACUCGAAAAAAGGAAAAUGAGUUGUAUGAAUCGUUGAUGAAUAUUGCCAACCGAAAGCAGGAGGAAAUGAAGGACAUGAUUGUCGAGACGCUGAACACCAUGAAGGAGGAACUUCUGGAUGAUGCUGCCAACAUGGAAUUUAAAGAUGUCAUUGUCCCUGAGAACGGAGAGCCAGUGGGCACCAGAGAAAUCAAAUGCUGCAUCCGACAGAUACAGGAGCUCAUCAUCUCCCGGCUUAAUCAGGCGGUGGCGAACAAGCUGAUCAGCUCAGUGGAUUACCUGCGAGAGAGCUUUGUCGGCACCCUGGAACGGUGCCUGCAGAGCCUGGAGAAGUCCCAGGAUGUCUCAGUUCACAUCACCAGUAAUUAUCUCAAACAGAUCUUAAAUGCCGCCUAUCACGUCGAAGUUACGUUUCACUCAGGGUCCUCGGUUACAAGGAUGCUGUGGGAGCAAAUCAAACAGAUCAUCCAGCGUAUCACAUGGGUGAGCCCACCCGCCAUCACACUGGAAUGGAAGAGGAAGGUGGCCCAGGAAGCCAUCGAGAGCCUCAGUGCCUCUAAAUUGGCCAAGAGCAUUUGCAGCCAGUUCCGGACCCGACUCAACAGUUCUCACGAGGCUUUUGCAGCCUCCUUGCGGCAGCUAGAAGCUGGCCACUCAGGUCGGUUGGAGAAAACAGAAGAUCUCUGGUUGAAGGUUCGCAAGGAUCAUGCCCCCCGCCUGGCUCGCCUUUCUCUGGAAAGCCGUUCUUUACAGGAUGUCUUGCUACAUCGUAAACCUAAACUGGGUCAGGAACUGGGCCGGGGCCAGUACGGUGUGGUGUACCUGUGUGACAACUGGGGAGGACACUUCCCGUGUGCCCUCAAGUCGGUCGUCCCUCCGGAUGAGAAGCACUGGAAUGACCUGGCUUUGGAGUUUCACUACAUGAGGUCUCUGCCGAAGCAUGAGCGCUUGGUGGACCUCCACGGCUCAGUCAUCGACUACGGCUACGGCGGCGGCUCCAGCAUCGCCGUGCUGCUCAUCAUGGAGAGGCUGCACCGGGACCUCUACACCGGGCUGAAGGCUGGGCUGACGCUGGAGACACGUCUGCAGAUAGCACUAGAUGUGGUGGAAGGAAUCCGCUUCCUGCACAGCCAGGGACUUGUCCACCGUGAUAUCAAGCUAAAAAAUGUCCUGCUGGACAAGCAGAACCGUGCCAAGAUCACUGACUUAGGGUUCUGCAAGCCAGAGGCCAUGAUGUCAGGCAGCAUUGUGGGGACACCAAUCCAUAUGGCCCCUGAACUUUUCACAGGGAAGUACGACAACUCCGUCGAUGUCUACGCCUUUGGCAUCCUCUUCUGGUAUAUCUGCUCGGGCUCUGUCAAGCUCCCCGAAGCAUUUGAGAGGUGUGCCAGCAAAGACCAUCUCUGGAACAAUGUGCGAAGAGGGGCCCGGCCGGAGCGUCUGCCUGUGUUCGACGAGGAGUGCUGGCAGCUGAUGGAGGCCUGCUGGGACGGCGACCCUUCCCAGAGGCCCCUCCUGGGCAUCGUGCAGCCCAUGCUGCGGGGCAUCAUGGACCGGCUGUGCACGUCCGCUUCGGAGCAGCCGAACCGGGGACUGGAUGACUCUACUUGAAAGCAAAGACCUUUCUCUUUUACUCUGUUUCUUUCCUUCCCCUCACCGGUUGGCCGUGGGAAGAAUUGGACGUUUAUUCAGAGAGCUCCCGAGGGAACUGAUGCCCGCUGGGCAACUUGAGACCUUCCCAGGCAGAGGCGCCUGCCAGGUAGCGAGGAGCUCGCCGGCCGUUGGGGUGCGUUCAGCGGCUCGCCGAUGCCCCACACUAUCCCGUCCGCACAAGAUCGUGUGGGACACGUAAACAAUGAAGAAUGCAACGUUCCAGCCCCAGAACUGAAAAGGAGGCAAAUGUCACCAUCGUCUGCUCACUGUAUGUUGCUAAGACAAGUGGGGCACUGCGGUGGCGAUAGUACUAAAAAUUAGAAUUUUUGUAAUUUCGGCUCUAGCUAGGAAUAGUCUGGUUCUAUCCAGUCGUCAGGACCCCUGGAAAAUAUGAACUUAGUUCUGGGAUUGUAAGAACAUCGGAACAAAAAAAUAACUUCCCGCUACCUGCAGCUGGAGAUCUCAGGUCGCAGCAGCCAGAGGCCCCGGUGAGGGAGCUAGAAACGGAGCUGUCUGCUCCUUAUGGUGCCAGCGUGUUUACAUUGAUGGGACCGAAUAUCCCUGACUUCUGGGGGAGGCUUUCAUGGGUUACAUCACCAAGAGGCCGCAUAAAGGCAAAAAAAAUGUGUGUGUGUGCAUAUGUGUAUAUAUACAUAUGCGAUUGGAUUUUGAGUUACUGGCAACCCCAGGACCCAAUCUCUUUUUCUUCCCUUCAUUCUUGACUUUUUUCCCCCCCCCUUUGGGUUUCAACAUGGGGAAGGUCCAGUUAACAUGGUACCUGGGGAUGAGUGUCUGAGUAACAUUGACCCAUGUGGAGUAUCUGGUGAGACCUGAGAAGGGGCAGUGAUCUGGAGGCCGUGAACUUCCACGCAAACCUACUAGAAAGAUACCACAUUGUUUCUAAAACUUAAAAGAAUCAAAAACUCUCAUUUUUGUGUUUGAACCUAACACACUGAUGUUUUUAAACUUGGGUCAGUGAGCUUUUUCACCAAGAUCUCUUUCGCAAUUCGUCCCUUCUUUUUACCUUGUUUUGAAUACAAGGCAAGAAGACAAGCACCAGAUGAAAAAGAAGAAUGCUCUUUGUAGCUCUGUGUGUGCUCCUCGCCCUGUGUGUUAGCCUCUGGGGCGGUUCCCCUCCCUUGCAGUUGGGACACACACAGUGUGAGCAUUUGUCAGGAGGUGUACACAGUAAGAAAUUCUGAAGGGGAACAAUUUAAAUAUCGGUGCCUCUCAGAUCUUGACUUCGAGCCUCUCUCCCACCAAAAUGGUCCUCUAGAUUUAGAAAACCAGGCGGGUGAAGGAAGGGGCAGUGGAGGUGAGGAGCCUCUGUCGCAUCUGCCUAGUCCCCAAGCACUGUGGUCUGUCCCUUGUGCCUGACCUCCAGCUCUGUGAAGCAGGUCCCUGAGUAGAUGUGUAAGAAAAUGGGCGGACUUGCUGCUGGAAUUUUGUAGGGUCGUUUCCGAGAGAAUGACCAUCUCUUAAACAUUAACGGAGUAGAAAUGGAAUCUAAAGUUCAGUUUUAACUCUUUGGCUAUCCCGAGCUCGGAUUAUGAUACGUUUGAGCACAGUAACCCUCUAAGCACUUGGGGCCCUUCAGAAACUCCACAUAGUGCUAAAAACUUUUCUACUUGCAAACGAUAAAGUGAGACACCCAGUAUCUUUGAGUUCUGUGAGCGCCAGCCUUGUGUUGGUAGAAUGUUCGGUAGGUCUCUUAACACCUAUUUAUAGCUUUACUUCUUCAAAUCAUCACUCUGUUCUUGUCACGUUAACUCGUUUGUCCUUCUGGAAACAAUGGUGGGGCUUCCAGGAAGCCAGAUUUCAAGUUUAAAAAGGAGAGGUGAGUAGUGUCUACCUGCCGGAAAAAUAGUCUCAGUGUCUGUUCUGUAUGAGAUUUCAUAAAGGACUUCUGUGCUUCCCUUUUGCAGCCGGUCUUCCUUUACUCUAGCUGGGAUCAGGAAUCUGUGCUUCCGUGCUGAAGUCAUUUUCCUAACAUUCUUCCGAAGUCUUAGUUCCCACCCCCAUUCACGGGGAGGGAGGGUCGCUUGUCCUCCACCCAGUGUCCCUUGUCAGCUCUCAGACACCAGUUUCCUAGCAGAUUUUUUGCCUGAGUGAGGAGGAAGGAGGAUGGGAGGGACCAGUGCUAAGUAAGACGGUAGUUGUGUUAACAAUUCAUUAAAAAAAAAAAAAAAAAGUAUUCUGAGGAAAGGUGCAAAAUAUUCCUGAAAAUCUCCAGGCCAGCCAAAGUCCACAUAUAGAUAUUUGGAGGUGUUAUUUAAACACUCAGCAGGCUGAGUGCAGGAGUGCAUAUAUAUAACACGCUGCAUACUUUGCUUUUGUUUUAUAACAUUGUCCGCUAAUUUCGGAUCCUUUGUUCCUUGGCACCCGUUGUUACUACGGUAAUGGGAUGCCAUGAAAUGUACUGUACUGUAUAUUACUUGGGAAGACACUAGGUAUUCAAAGAAGUCUGGGGGGCACUUGGGCUACAGAGGGCUCGACAAGACCAAAGUCCUAAAGAUUUUCCCUCCUAGAUUUGGUUGUAUGUGCUCCCGAGCGGUGAGGUGAGAUUGUGGCUGGGGAGGAGGAAGGACGGGAUGGAAGAAUGACCCUCACUGUGUUCUAUCCUUCUAAUCACUUCAUCAGGGCGGUUUACCCCAGCCCGAAAAUGAUCACCUGGCCAUUUUUAAUGUGCUUGAAGUCCGGUCCCUUACGUGACUUCAGAACCGAGUGAGGGACCUUCUUGCAGAGCAAUCAGAAAAAUAGAUGAAGCCUGGAGCCCCGGAGUGGCUGACACUGUGCCCAGGGAGCUGGCAGCGAGGGCAGUCUGGCAUGACUUGAGGAAUGCUCACCUGGGUGAGGUUUCCACAGGCACUCGGCUCGCGGGUUGAGCGAGCCUUCCACUUCUCUGGGAAAGAGGGCAGUGUUGGUUCUUUCCGGACCAAAGAGAAUCACUUGUGACUCCAUCAGUUUCAAGGGAACAGAGCCCAGACAGCAGCUUCUCCUAAUUUUUUAACACUAAAGUUCAGGGAAACGUUGAAGGAAAGGCUAUUAUUAACUACGACAGAUGGACACGGGAACGGUAGAACUCUCCACCAGUCCCUGUCAGCAUUUGGAUGCAUCUUUACCUGAGCUGCCAAAGAGGGGCCAGAAGUCUUUCCCUGAUGAGAGAAGAGGUUGGCGUGGCAGGGCUCCAAAGUGAUAACUGCACUGCAUGACACUUUAUUAUUAUUAUUAUUAUUAUUAUUGUUAUUGGCUUAUUAUUUAGCACUGAGAAGCCAGGAGGGAUCGGUGAUGACAGUAGCCCAUGGGGAGUAGAGAUUCCCUCUGGCCUUGCUCUGGAGAGAAGGCACGCCUGGUCUCCCAUCUGGCUAACCAGGGAGACUCCGGAGUCCAUACUGCUUCAGAGCGGGAUAAACGGCCCUUGACGAGUCCUUUGCCAAAAGACUAGUUGCUUCUUUGAGUUUUCAAAGCUUGAUUUUUGGAUUUGCUGGAUCAAGUAACCCACUUUUUCUUUAAAACAACAACAAAAAAGUGGAUUGCUCCUUCUAACUCCGGGGGGAGCGGUUAGGGCCAGUGCUGCGGCAAAGUGGAUAACGGGGCGGGGGGGGGGGGGGCGGGGGGUAACCUUCAGAAACUUGUAUCGCACUCUCCUUUGGGGGUUGCAAGUAGCACUACUGUUCUUAAAAGGGUUUUAUGUUUAACUACAUCUGCUUUGUUAACAUCCAGUCCAGUUGAGAGGAGCGUAGAGACCAUGUGAGUACCUGGCGUUGGGGGAGGCCACCUGACUCGGAGGGUUGAAAAGAAAAUUGGUCUGGAUGGCUUGUCGUCUUUUACCUUUAUGUAAUAUUUUUAUUUGUUUCAAAAGGACUAAUGUCUAUUACAGUGUUAAUAAAAGCAUAAAGUACUGAGUGCGUAGAAUGAAAGUGCAAUAACCAGAGGAUGUUACGUUGGCCCAAACCCAGUCCUUCUCCCCUCCCUUCUUGUGCUGCCUCGAUCCGGAACAUGGCACACAGGACCGCGUUGUGUUUUUACAAGACGUGACUUUGGGUUAAAUCUUCGUCCAGUGUAACUUUGAGUGGUCAGGUUUGGUUUUAUAGAGUAUCCUGUAUACUUGUUGGGAUGUACAGAUACCACAUGUGUUGUAUAAUAAAGAUCACAUUCACGUUUUA